CGAAAGCCCGCAUCAAUCGCAAUCACAACCUCCGUGGCGUGUUCCCAAACCACAGAUUGUCAGUAUAAAAAUGAAAAUGAGUUAAGAAGCUUUAGCAUGAGUUACUGUUGACCGAACCUCAAUCGCUAACACCGUUUAGAUAACCUUCCCGGUUGAACAGUGUAGUAACUCUAGACCAGCUGCUACGAUGGCGAGACAGGUCCAUUCGCGACUGGCGUAUGUGGAAGAUCAGAGGCGGCAAUCCUAUUAUGACAUGCUGAGUGAGAUGGACCCCUAUAAGGGGUCGCCCAAGGAGUUCAUUCACUUGCUUGUGAGAGCAGCAAUGAGGGACGAAGAGGUCUCUAAAGCGCUUCAUCGAAUGAACGAUGAGAGGAUACAAAACCCGGCUUCCUGGCAGCCACUGAACCCACCUUGGAACCAGCAGCAUCCACAGUCAACACUCCAUGGUCAUUUCCAACUACAGCCUAUCCCAACUGUACCGGUUGGGUAUGGACCUCAACAACCCCCCAUGCCACAGCCGGUUUUAUGUUACGCAUACCCACUAUCGUAUCCAGGCUUAGGUCAUCGGCCACUACCAGAACCUCUCUACGGCCAGCCGGCACCGAACACAUACCCUCAGUUAUACUCGACUCCACCAUCAAGAUUUAAGGUUCCGCCAUACCCAACUACCUCUCAUCCCGUAGGCGUACCCUCAAGUCAAGUUCAACAUCCACCCGCUACUCCGCAGUAUGAUCCUAUCCCGAAUUCUGCAACGAAUUCGCCUGGCAAUGUCAACAAAAGCAACAGCACUAGUCCAAAUACCAGCACUUCCCAUACAGAUAUCACUAUGGCAGAUCAUGCUGUUGAUACGGAAGGUGGUGCUGUUGCUAAUGACAGCGCCAAUGUCAACGAAUAUGUUGUUGGGUUAGAGGAUGAGGAUGAGGAUGAGGACCCGGAAUACGUGGAGCAGAUCGGUAACUUUAGCUGGGUAGUGAAUGAAGCCCAAACCUAUCUCGGUUGGACCGGUAAAUGGGAUAAGGAGCCUGCUACAAGACAGGACAUCCUAGGCAAAUCUGCAGCUACCAAACUGCAAAAGCUCCUUAAGAUGAUGAACGCAAUGGCAGACAUUUAUGUGACAUUUCGCAACCGGAUUCACAUCUUAUCUGUCAUGCGCCAAGUCAUUCUAGUUACCCUGGACACGGACUCACGUAUCGGCGACAAGUGCCGUGAGAUGGCUCUGGAAUAUGACAGUUUGUUCGUCGAGGCCGUUGGCAAGCUGACCGCAAGUCAGAAACGGAAAAUUAAAGUCCUGCGCGGUGGUAGGUGGAUGAUUGGGUUGCUAGGUCUCAUCGAUUAUGCAAAUAAGCUAUCUAUCUUCCCGCGCCUUAGAGAGGUGCCGGCGUUGAUAGAUUCUUAGAGGGAGCAUGGAUCUGAAAUCUGUGAUUUAGGAUCUGGGAUGCAUGACAUGAUGAGAUAUCCCUUAGCGAUGUGUUUUCUGGGUUUUAGCGUGAUGUGUGUCAUAGCGAAGUCGGUUAUAUCAAUAGCGAUACCUACAUACUUAGGUAUGAUAUAAUGCCUACCGUUUUUAGGCCUCGCAUGAACAGUUCCGUAUAGAGCCUUUUCGUGCUGUCCUUCGUGGUGUUAAGUUAGCUACUUUAGAAAUACUAA